UGUGAGACAAUUUGUUAUUAGUCUAGAUUUGCCAAAAGUAAUUUAUAAUGUUCAAAUUAGUGUGAGACAAUUUGUUACUAAUAUAGAUAUAUCAAAGAGAAUUCAUGACAUUCCGAGUAGUGUGAGACAAUUUGUUACUAGCCUAGACGCACCAAAAGUGAUUCAAAAUACUCAAGUUAGUGUGAAACAAUUUGUCGCUAACAACAAGCCAGGAUUAAUAAGCGCAGGUGUAUCAGCGGCUAUUAAUAACUUAUUUAAGAUAGUAGGUUUUGGCCCAUUUAGUAUUUUUGUAGCUCUUGGAGUUGGUGCAUUAAAAAUUAAUAGUGGAUCAGGCGCAAGUCCAGAGGAUUUCUCAUUACACAUUAUCACUUACUUAUUAAGUUCACCUAUCUAUCUUGUGUUUCCAGAAAUAUUUCUCUUAAAUUUUAUUUUGGGAUUUGGAGUUAAUACGAUUACAUAUAGUGUAUUAAGUAACACAUAUCGUAAAGUUUAUGGAAUUGAUGAAAAAAUUCAUAUACA